AUGCUCGCAAAGCUACUUCCUGGUCAGAAUCGAGAUAUCAAGAUCAAGAAACCCGAUGAUCUUUUCGACGGUGCUAUUUUCUCCGCGCUGCUCGAAAUUCUAGACGAUGAAUACAACCCCUCGAGAUUCCAACAAAGCCUCGCCGCCACGCCGACCGAUAGCGAUAUGACUCAGGGUAGAAAGCGAUACCUCCAUAUCAUCCACUUGGGUCUUAAAGACAUCGCGCGACGACAUGCCCCCAAGAUCGAGCCCCUUAUCGACUUGGUCGAUUUUCAGGCACUAGCUUGGGAACCUACCAAAAUAGACAUGUUCGAGAUUUUGGUCCUCUUCGUAUGUGCUGCUUGCUUACGCGAGGACGACAACAGUCGGUACAUCACAUUAGUUACACAGCUAGACGAGAGGGUGCAACAGGGAAUUUUCCGGAUUAUCAGCGAGAGUAAAACUAAGCUUGACCAGCUCGAGGAGACCGCCGAUGAUGAUACUGAUGCAAACCUCGAUGAUCUUGCGCAAGAAGCCGCCUUGGUGAAUCAGCACCAGAAGCUACAAGAAGAUGUGCAGGAGGCAACAAGACAAGCGAGUCUCUUAAAGGUACGAUUAGACCGUCUUCAGGAUAACUAUGACGAGCUUCUAGAAAAGCAUUCGAAACUUCAAGAAGAAAAUGAGCAUCUACAUAGGCAGAUCGACUCGGAAGUUAGCAACUUCAACAAGCACCAUAUCCAGCGCCAACUAAAAGAGAACGAAUCAAUCAUCGCAAACUUGGAGAACGAGCGGAACUUUUUGGUCGAGGAAAGGGAUCGACUUUUGAAGGAGAGAGCUCGCCUGGAGCAAGUGGCACAGAAAGCAGAGGCACUAGCCGACGAAAACCAAGAGCUCCGCUCUAAGAACGAGGAUCUUUCUAAGAAGGCUAACAUGGCCGACAAUUUGAGGAAGAAGUUAGAGUCGAUGAAGUCGGUAGAGACGGAGCUCAAAACACUGCAUAACGAACGGGUUGACACAGCUAAGCUCCUAGAGCAACUUGAAAUCUCUACGCUAAGGAUAGAGGUCUACAAGAAAGAAGCAGAAAAAUAUGCCGAGCAAUUCCAGAAGUAUGAAGAAGAAGUCGCUAGUUUCGGAGACCAGAAGAUUAUGUACACAUCGGAGAUUAACGAGCUAAGAGGGCGCAUCGAGGGUUUGCAGGCUCGAAGUCAGACGGAUGAGGCUAUCGUUAAAGAUCUGCAGGAGAAGGUAAUGAUGCUCGACCCCACGGCCGCUCCGAGUACCCCCUCGGGGCACGCUCCAACCUCCCUUGAAGACGAGCUGAACGAAUCUGGCAAUGCCGUAUCGAUGAGGAACAUCGAAAUCCAGCGUCUCCAAGCGGAGAAUGCUGUUCUUAGGAGUAGCAUAGGUACAGAAACAGAAAAAGGUCAACUCAUUCAGGAGAUGGAAGAUCUUCGCACCACUCGACAAACCCUGCAGGACAAGUAUAACGAUAUUUUCGAGAAGUAUACCGUUGGUCAACACCAGCUGGAUGCACUUAUCCAGAACAUGGGUAAAGAUGGGUUAGUUCAGGCUCUUCAAGCUUGUUAUAGUCUCUCAUCGAACACAACGUGGCUGAUGUCCAACUACUUCAGAGACGAAGCGUAUUCCAACCUCCGGACGCAGGUCCUCGCCGAGCAGAACCGUUCCAAGCAACUCGAGCGACAGCUAGAAUCUACGAACCAGAAACUUGCCGACAAAGAGCGAGCUCUCUUAGAGUUGCAGGGUGAUUUUAACGCUGUCGAGAAGUCUAGCCAAGAGGCACUCGCAGAGCUUAAGAGAACCGAUGGCAUGCUUGCUAUUUCCCUACGCGCCGAGCUCGAAGCAGAAAGAAAUAAGCACAAGUCGCUAAGAGAAGAGUUCGAAAACCAGCGGUCGCAACUCUUGACGGCAUUCAUCGAGAAAGAUCAGCUGCGACGCGAGGCCGAAGUAGCUAACCGUGAGAUGCAGAGGGCCGCAGACGGGCUCUCCGUUAACACGGAUAGUGCCAAGCAAUCCGAAAAAAUGGAGAAACUGCGGGCACGAUACAAGCAGCUACAACAGGUGAGUUCAUCUGUUUCUACUCCAUCUCUCGCUGGUUCUACCAUCGCCGAUGACGAAGACGAAAAUGGAGACGAAGACGAAGGCGUUACUAGAGUCACAGUCAAGCAUCAGUCCGUUUGGGAUGUUGUUGGCUCCUGGUUCGGGCAGAAAAAGGAAAUUCCCGAAGAUUCUCAAGCGAGACAUGUCGGUCCCUCUAGCAAAGCUCAGUAUGAGCAGUCCGAUGUCAAGAAUCGUGAGUUAGAGCGGACACUGAAGGCUGUCCGUGCUGGAUCGGAAGUCGGUGUCCAGAAGAACGAUCCCCGCUAUACUCGCUGGGAAUACAUCAACUACCUUAGCUUGCUUUCAAGAGACCUUCCGGAUUAUUGGGUCUGUGAAGCAUGUAAUACACUACAUAUUGUCGACGAACGGGACGUGCCUAGUGAACCAGUAAAUUUCACUUGCCCUCUCGGGUUGAACCGCUGGAGGACGGUUGUCUAUAACGACCAGACUAGGAUAGAUAGUCGUUUUCUUACCCUACAUCAUCGGCAUAUUCAGCUCGCUCUGAAGUAUACGCGCAUGAAGGACCCCAAAUAUGAUACUUAUCUCCGAGCACUGCUAAAGCCGUACCAUGUUUCGCAUUUCCCUUCUCGUAUGGAUGCGUUCUGGUCGCCGCUAGAUUCACAUUCUCUUCCUGUUCAAAGCUACGUACUCAGCUUACCCUAA